UGGGUCAAUGAUUUGCACAAGGUAACUGUCUUGGUAGAAGGGAAGGUCGGGAUUCCAACCCAGUCCCUGAGGUUCCCAGGCCCGACAUAUGAAUCAAACGACCAAGACAUCACCCAAUCAGUAUUUAUUAGACGCCUACUGCGGACGAUUGGUCUUCACGCAGUUAAGGCGAGAAGGGGUGGUGAUGCGCGGGCCGCUGCGGAGACCCGGAGCCCGCCGCGGAUCACGGGAAUUUGGCGCCUAUUUUUUGUUGGCUGGGUGUUCUCGCCGGUGAUUGGGUCUCGGCAAGGCGUGCCGGUGCGCUCGGCUGCGGCUGCUCCGUCGACCUUGGCAGGACCGGGCGGUGCAGGACUCACUCGGCUGGCCUCCCGGGGGAUGGGCCACCAGGAGUCUCCGCUGGCCCGGGCGCCGGCGGGAGGUGCAGCUUAUAUAAAGAGGUUAUGUAAAGGGCUCAGCUGGCGCGAACACGUGGAAAGCCACGGGAGUCUAGGAGCCUGGGCCUCCCCAGCGAGCGCCGCAGCAGCAGAAGGAUCCGCUGCCCGCCGAGCUCCGGCCACCACCUCCCGCGCUGCUAGGUCCCGGAGGCAGCCGAGGCCCGGAGCGGACCAUCCCCAGGCAGGGGCUCCAGGGGGGAAACGGACCGCCCGGAAGUGGAGGUGCGCGGGCCAGGUCACAAUCCAAGGUCCCGCUCCUCCGCGUCCCAGGGCCGGACGGAGGGAUGAGGCAGGGGGGGCCCGGGCAGCGCCGUUGCUGCUCCCCCCGCCGCCCGCAGCCAUGGAAACGGGGAAGGACGGCGCCCGCAGAGGUACACAAAGCCCGGAGCGGAAAAGGCGAAGCCCAGUGCCGCGGGCGCCCAGCACGAAGCUGAGGCCGGCGGCGGCGGCCCAGGCCAUGGAUCCGGUGGCGGCCGAGGCCCCGGGCGAGGCCUACCUGGCGCGGCGACGGCCGGAGGGCGGUGGCGGGUCCGCGCGGCCGCGCUACAGCCUGUUGGCGGAGAUCGGGCGCGGCAGCUACGGCGUGGUUUAUGAGGCAGUGGCCGGGCGCAGCGGGGCCCGGGUGGCGGUCAAGAAGAUCCGCUGCGACGCCCCGGAGAACGUGGAGUUGGCGCUGGCUGAAUUCUGGGCCCUCACCAGCCUCAAGCGGCGCCACCAGAACGUCGUGCAGUUUGAGGAGUGCGUCCUGCAGCGCAACGGGCUAGCCCAGCGCAUGAGUCACGGCAACAAGAGCUCGCAGCUUUACCUGCGCCUGGUGGAGACCUCACUGAAAGGAGAAAGGAUCCUGGGUUAUGGUGAGGAGCCCUGCUAUCUCUGGUUUGUCAUGGAGUUCUGUGAAGGUGGAGACCUGAAUCAGUAUGUCCUGUCCCGGAGGCCGGACCCAGCCACCAACAAAAGUUUCAUGCUACAGCUCACAAGCGCCAUUGCCUUCCUGCACAAAAACCAUAUUGUGCACAGGGACCUGAAGCCAGACAACAUCCUCAUCACAGAGCGGUCUGGCACCCCCAUCCUCAAAGUGGCCGACUUUGGACUAAGCAAGGUCUGUGCUGGGCUGGCACCCCGAGGCAAAGAGGGCAAUCAAGACAACAAAAAUGUGAAUGUGAAUAAGUACUGGCUGUCCUCAGCCUGCGGCUCGGACUUCUACAUGGCUCCUGAAGUCUGGGAGGGACACUACACGGCCAAGGCGGACAUCUUUGCCCUGGGCAUUAUCAUCUGGGCAAUGAUAGAAAGAAUCACUUUUAUUGACUCUGAGACCAAGAAGGAGCUCCUGGGGACCUACAUUAAACAGGGGACUGAGAUCGUCCCUGUUGGUGAGGCGCUGCUAGAAAACCCAAAGAUGGAGUUGCACAUCCCCCAAAAACGCAGGACUUCCAUGUCUGAGGGGAUCAAGCAGCUCUUGAAAGAUAUGUUAGCUGCUAACCCACAGGACCGGCCUGAUGCCUUUGAACUUGAAACCAGAAUGGACCAGGUCACAUGUGCUGCUUAAAAUUCAGGGCUAAGCAUUUUGGGUGAUUUUAAACUAGGUCGAUUCCUCGGGACCCACAGUCUCACCACGUCUCCUACAGAGGACAGCAGAGGGUACAGGUGGUGGCUUGGCCGGUUGGCGAUCUCCCGACAGCUGGAUCUCCGGCAAUGUGAAGCUUUUGUUUGGGUUUUCCUGCUUCUUUUGUUUUGCUUUCUUUUUUUCUUUUUCUUUUUUUUUUUUCCUCUUUCCUUUUUCUUUUUUAAUUUAAACCAUUGAGACUUCAGAAGAGCAGGAAGCAAUGCUGUGGACAGGCACCAAUUUCUUUAAAGAAAUUCAGUGUGGACAAGGCAUAUGUAUAAAUUUCAGUUGUACUUCUUGUAAGGGGUUAGGGAGCUAUUUUUGGUUUUGUCCUUCACUUUCCCUCUGUCUUCCUUCUUUAUCCUUCUCUCAGUUCUACUUAUGACACCUCACUUCCCCAGAGAAGGCGUGCCUCCCCAUAGGGAAUCUGGGGGUUUCUCCUGGAAUGGGGCAUGAGAACACAAGGAGGCCUCUGGGCCACGCCUCCCUGCCAGAUGCAGGAACUCCCGGACUCCUUGGUGGGCUGGCCCUGGCUAGCCCUUGGGCCUCGGAGAUGAUCAGAGGCGAAGAACCACCUGGAAGAGGAAGGCCAGGGUUUGGCCAGGAGAACUAAGAAGGUCUCAAGUCCAGGCUUUGUUCUGUUUAAGCUAUUGGGAGCCCCAGGCCACACCAGGACUUACAGUGGUGGGAUCCAUUCCUCUUCCACCCUGUGUUGCAGGGAACGGGGAGGUAGGGGUGGAGGGUGACCAUCUUGCACUUGCUGACGGUGGAGCAGCCAUCCCAGUGCUGUAAGCCUGCCUUUCUGUUGGGAAAAACUGUUGUGCCAAACUGUGUGGAACACAGCUGGGUCUUCAGCAGGCAUCUGUCACUACCAUGAGGUCAGCACUUCUCACCUAACUGCCUCCUGGAUUGUCAUCUUCCCACAUGUGUCCCGUAGUGUCCACGUGUCACAGAGACGGCCUGAGGCCCUCAGAUCUGGUUGUGACUUUGCCAUGAUAACAGGGUGUCCUGCACUGGCUGCCAUUGUCGUGUCCUCACAGUGAAGGGCGUGCCCUGUGUGCCGGGGUCCGUGGUGUCAUAUGCAGUGACACAUAAUGUCAAGCGCCAUUUCCCUCACCCCUGGAGACUUACUAUUAGCUGCCUGCCCUCAGUAUAGACGUAUCCAAUGGGAAAACAGCAGACCUGCCCAGAGCAGGGAGGUGUCGUGGGACUGGGUAGACCCCCUGCAGCGUUAGGGGCCCAUUUGUGGGCUCCCCACCUUCAGGCUUCCCCAGCCGUGAUGCUUCAGCCCCGCCACCCAUGCCUGUCUGCUGCAGCCAUCCUUGCACUCUGCAGCGACACUUGCAUCUCCCUAGGGGAAGCCUCCCUCCCCCGGGCUGCUGCUCUGAACCCAUCUGCUCUCCCCCUGCAAGAAGGAGCAGUGCUCCUGUGUUUUCCCUGUCUGGAUUUGCCUGGCCACUCCGAAGGCUUUUCACCCCAUUAUGGCCACAUAGUAUAGGGCCUCUGGGGAGGGGGAAGGGAAUCCUUUUGUGUUCGUUUUUGUUUUUUGUUUCACCUAAACCAGCAUAGGAUUGAUAGGGGAGAUGGUUGAAGGGCAUUUCCGUUUCUAUGUGACCAAGGCAGGGGCUUUUACCUGCUAAACAGCAAUCCUUUGGCCCUGAGAAUUUGGGAGCGAACAGUGCAUCAGGCCAGGCUCAGCAACGUUUGCUCACAUUCUUUCAGCCUUCUCUCACCCCCUUAACACCAAGCUUUCUUCCUUGUGAGCGGAAGGUUGACUGCUAUUAGCAGGAUCCCACAGGUGAUAACCAGGCCCUUCCCUUCCUGGGCCAAAACCCCUUGUGACUGCCUGUCUCUCCUGUCUCUGACGUCUCAGGCAGCCUCCUGAGUGCACUGAGUUGUAGCCAAGAGGAUGGGAACAGCAGCGUCCCCUAAUUGCAGUGCAUGUUCGUUCUCUGCCCGCCACCCUGCCUUCUCUUGGGGGCAGCUGUCUCUUUGUACAUGAGCAAAUGCGAAAAACAGUCUCCAAACCCAGCACCCCCGUCCCUGGCUGCAGCCCACGCCGUAACAUCCCUAGUGAGGCUCCAGCCUAAUGAGCCCCUUAUUUUCUUUUUCUUCCCUCCCCAGGUCCCGUAGCUCUAACUAAAUAGUAAGUUCUUGGAGCCAUCGUGCUUCCCCUUUGUUAUUUUUCUUGCUAUCAGAAUAGCAAGAAACAGCACCCCUGUAGGUGUCAGGUGGGCAGCCUGGUAGGGGUCACCAGCCUUCAUGCCCCCUCAUCUUCCAGUUCUUGCUUACUGGCAUGACUUCUUUCCGUAGCGUAAAUGCAGGCCAGCUUUUUAGCCCCAAGUGCCUGCCCCUCCUCCUUAUCUCUCCCCUGCUUUCUCAAACACUUGCCCACCUCAGGCACUCAGCCGACUCCUCCAUGGUAAGAGAACUGGCCAUGGCUCAGCCCCACGUAGCACCUGUAGUCUUCUCAGUGCCACUCUCCCCUGUCCCCUUGUGAAUCGGCUUCCACUUGCUGUCGCGUCCCCACUCCUGCGUCUUCACUGGGUCUCAGGCUGUCAGUAGCUCUCUGGUGUGUCAGCUCAGCACCGCCAAGUUUGUAGGACCUGUCCAAGUUCUAGGAGUUUUCAAACCUCAAAACGGCAGUCAUUCAUUCUCCUUGGGUCUGUGGCAAGGAUAGCCCAUUGGAGGGGGGCUCUUGACCUCGGCUGUUAGGGAUCUCAACUUGGUUUUCCCAUCAGAAGAAUCAGCAGGACAGAUUGUAGUGCCUUAUUCCAUUGUCCUCCCCUGACCAGGCCUCCUGGCUCAGCUGGAAGUGCGUGGCUUCUUUCUCCCUAUCUGUGUCCUCUGUCACUUGCUCUUUCACUGUCUCUCUCAUUCCCAGAGAGCCACGGGGGAGGGAUCACCCUUUCACCCCACACACCCUCUUCCUGAGGGCCGUAGCCAGGUCCACAUCUCCCCACCACCACCAGGGCACUCACUUGCAGCUAUAGCCCAGGACAGAAAAACUGUGCUUUGGACAGGUGCACACUCUCUGCCUCUUACCUCUAGCCAGGAGGAUGCCUCAGUCUGUUCAUUCGAGACUGGCCCCGUCUGAACCCUCUCUGGGCACUGGGGACUAAGGUUGCAGGCCUUAGCCUCGUCUCAUCCCAGAGGCAUUGGGUCAGGAGAAUGGGAAUUUUUUUCCUCCCACCUGGACAUAGUUUGCCCCUGUGGCUGCCUUUCUGAGGGAGUAUAUUAAAUGUUUACUUAAGAAACACCCUGUUUACAGUCAGAGGAGAAACACCCAACACUGGGUGGAGAUUUGACUCUGGACAGGGCCUGGCCUCCUUAGUGGCACUGCCAGGGGGGCCCCUAAGUGAAUGAGGGCAGAGGUGCCCCGGGCAGGGGCGAACGCCCUCCGCUCCCUCUGCUCCCGACCCUGUGGUGCUAGGACCACUCCCCGCCUUCCUCACAGCCUCCUUGCGCUGCACAUUCCCCACCUCCACAUUCCCUUCCUCCAAGAUCUCAGCUCCUUAACAUAUCAGUUGUCUCCUAGCCUAGAAAACCAGUGUUUGGAGCAAUAAGAUGAUUAUUUUUGCUUGAAUCUUUUUCUAAGAGAAGGAAAAGAGCUGGCAUUGUGGGAAUUUUCUUUUUAUGCUGUUAGCUGUUUACCUUCUUAGAAGACAUCUUAAUAGGAUGGAUGUCUGGGUUUUAGCCUUGGGGUAUCUUUUGGAAACUUAGAAAAGCAGGAGUCAGGCUGCCACCCCCUAAGGAGGGACCCUAACUUUCUGCCCUUGCCUGGUUCCAUGUGGCUCCUUCCAGCCCUGCCCACCAAGUGCUGCUCCCACUCGCCAUCCUGCCCGUGCGCCCCUCUUCCCCCCACAUCUGGGGGCGCUGGUGGCACUUACUCUUGGUGGGUCUCAGACUAUCCCUCCCGUUGACUGGUUUUCCCUCCUAGGCCUGUCUGGCAGCCCCCAGACAGACAUAGCUCCUGGGAGUCUCGGCCCUGGCAAACUUGGAAGAGCCAAACUGACAUUUUUUAGCUCUUCAGGCCACUGGGUUUUGGAGGCAGAAAUCCAGAGAUACUGGCUCUGCCAAGCUGUCGUACUGGGCUGUGGCACAGCCUUCGAGACAACACAGGUGCAUCUCUGAUCCUGCCCUACCUAGGCUUCGAGGGGCUUCUGUCUGGAGAAAUGCCCUCAAAGGGUAACCAGUAGGUGUGACAUUGAAUUGGCCAGUGUUAGCAUCUACAGCUGUCAAGAGAUGAGUCCAUUGCCGUUGCCUGCCCAAGGGCCCCCUAAGAUUACAGACAGUAUCAGCAGGGAGGCCGUCCUGGUGUUUUUUUAGGAGAGCCCACAGGAGGAAGGGAGCCUCUUCAGGGGCACUGGAAUCUUUUGUGCCAGGGGCUUCUUUUCAUCAGAGCCGGGGAGUACAUUUCAGUGACUUCUUAAAUAUUUGUGUGGGACAGACGAGUGUGAGGGAGGUUUUAAGCCAGGCACAAAGUUAGUUUCAAAUACUAGUUAAUAAAUCUAUUUUUCUUCAUUUCCUUUUUUUGCACAGAAGCUGGUAAUCUAGGACCUACGUGUGAACAACUUUAUAUGAAUAUUUUUUGUACUUGGUUUACUUGGGUUGGUAUGAUACAUUAUAUUUAAGUUCCUUGAACACUGUGGAUCCCCUAAUGUGUAUGAAUGACUGAGGCUUUGUAAAUUAAGGGACGUUUGUGUGAAUAAAGUUAUUUGAUGGGGUCAAAGAAGCCAUAUGUGAUUUGAAAAA